GACAAAAACAACGACUGGACAUGACAGCUGAACGGUGACAACACUAAAGAGGACCUGUGCAGACCCGUAAACGUAUUAAUAUAGCAUAUUAGACCCAAUAAUGGGUUUUAUUUCACAUUUGUUCCAUGUCAACGGCAGUAGCCUCUUGAACACACGAGGUCUGCCUACACUUGCUCUGCGCUGAGCGGCUUCGGGCUAAGCUAGCUCGCGAUCUCCAAAUCAUUUCUAAAGCACGGGUUUUAUUUUUAAGCAUCGACGCAUUGUAGAUUUUGUUGGUAUUUUGCCGUCACAUUUUUAAAAAAACGCAAGUAUGGCUCAUACGGGUGGAGCGGAAGACGCGAUUGAAGGGAGCGGUUGCUCGAUGAAGCUUCGCUCAAACGUCGGCCUCAGGAGCGACUCGUGCUCCAGCCAGAGGCACGAGCAGCUCCGCGCGGUGAAAUCAAGGCUGCUUGAGCGGUUGGGACCGCACGAGCGCCUGCUCACCUAUCUGCAGUCUGUAUUAUUGUGGGAGAGACCCUUUCACAGCGUCCUAUUGUACACGGCCGCCAACGUCAUGUUCUGGUUUUUUGCUCUGAGCUCUUUGAGGUUGCUCUUUCUGCUGGCAUCAGGUCUGGCCCUGGCUGUUUGUGUCGAUACAUGGAGGAAUAAGAUCUGGCCUAAAAUCAGAGUGAAAAGACAAGAUGAGAGUGAGAAUGAAAGCUGGGGUCUGGUGCAACCUGGGACUUUGAGUGUGCCUGAAUUAUGCCACCACCUUGCUGAUGUUUGGGUUACGGGGUCAUCCUGUGCAACAGAUAUUGUGCAGUACAAACGGCAAAAUCCAGGAAAGUUUUGUUUGCUGGUUUGUGGCCUGUUCACCUUAGUGGCCAUGGUGGGGCGCUGCAUCCCCGGACUGUUGCUCUCAUACCUGGCUUUGCUGGGUGUGUUGCUGUGCCCACUGGCAUUGUAUUAUCGGCUGUGGCAGCGUGCAUGUGUGAAGCUGGAGCCAGCCCUGCAGUGGCUGGACUUCAGCACCAAAGGAUACAUGAUGUCAAAGCCUUUAGACAACCAGUUUCUUCGUAAGCCCAUCAGGAGCGGAACCUCAAAUGAUGCUAGUGACAGUGAGGAGGAACUGGCUGCGUUCUGCCCAACGUUUGAUGAAGCAUUGGUUGCUAAGGAACUGGCACUGACUGAUUCUGAGCACUCGGAUACAGAGGUGUCGUACAUGGAUAACGGCACCUUUAACCUCUCCAGGGGUCAAACGCCCCUCACAGAGGGCUCGGAGGAUCUAGACAGGCACAGUGAUCCAGAGGAAUCAUUUGCCUGUGGGCUCCCAGACUUUCCCUCCAUCAACCCAGAUGCCACCCUGAUGGAGGACGAUGAUGAUGCCAGCAUCGGGCUGCCCAGUCUCAACUCAGCCGCGUUCUCCGGCCAUCGUGGCUCUACCUCCGCCCUGCUGGAUCUGGACACCCAGAUGGACUCUGAUCAGGAAGACCUCGACCCCGAGAUGUCCCUCGGUUCCUUGAAUACUACCUCUGACCUCGCUAGUAACCUGGCAGGGGUCUUCGCCAGCAACAUGAUCCAGGCAGCCAUCGCAGGAGCCAUGCAGCCCCGGCCACCGCAAGGUCCUCGGAGAGAGAGCGGCGCACGGGCAGGAGCAGCUCCGAGGGGAUAUAGGAAGCAGUCGAGCUCGGAGCUGGACACAGACCUGGAUUUUGAUGGAGAGGACUUUGAGAUGUUGGAUCAGUCCGAGCUGAACCAGUUGGAUCCUGUUGGAGGGGGGCAGGGGGGACAGAACAGGAACCAAGGGUCGAGUUUCCUGUCCAACUUGCUGGGGAAGCCACAGUGAGCCCAUCUUACAGAUACUCCCUCCAUCUGUCUGCUCCUCAUGUCCUUGCACCUUGAUCCAAGUAGAAGUUGUUUGCAGUGUUGAUUUGAAUGUAUACUGAGAUGCUUUCAAUUUAUCUGAGUGAGUGAGACAGAGAGAGAGUGUGUUUGUUUUGCACUGUUAAUGUAAUAUUAGAUUCUCUUGCCAGGUCUCCUCCACUGGCUGCAGUUGAUAUCACUGUGAAGUAAUCUUCUCCUUUUAUGCUCUGUGAGCUUCCUCUGUGUCCUCUCUCAUUUAUGAGACUUUUGUGUGAAAGACUCCUAUUUACUUUGUAGGCUAAGCAAUAGGACAACAAUCAGAAACAUUUAAAAUGAUCCGAAAUCUCUUUAACUUCUUAUAAGCCAGCAAACUACAUUCAAGUCUUAUAGAUCUUUCACAUCUUUCUUUUUCAGACUGUAUUGUUUUUGUCUUCAAUAAUAACACAUGGGACCAAAUCAGACAUUCCGCCAUCAAUGCUGAGUCAAGACCAUUAAUGUAUACAAAUAUUAAGUUGCCUGUAUUGUGAAAUCUGCAGUCAAGACGUCGUUUAGCAGAGGAGUCUGAAGAGGUAGCAGUGACAUAUUAGGGCCACGGCCUUAUCUCAUGUUAUUAAAUUGGUAGUUCACCCCAAAACGAGCAUUCAUUUACUCAUCCUCAUGGCGUUCCAAACCUGUACAACUUAAUUUUUUUUGUGGAACAUAGAAGACACUUUGAAAGUUUUUUUUUUUUUUUUUUUUUCCACAGGAAAAAAUGUCAUACAGGUUUGGAACGACAUGAGAAAAAGUAAACGAUGACAAAAUUUUCAUUUUUGGGUGGACUAUCCCUUUAAGACUGAGACAUGAGCUUAUGGUUACUAAGUAAUAAACAGCAGUCAGGUCAUCUCACAUUUCCAUGUAUUUACAAUCGCUCCUGAGCUUUAUUCCACACUUUUUUUUUUUACGUACUCGCUACAUAUUUGUUCAUCAAGUCUAUCUGAUGGCAAUGAAAAUGCAUAUUCCUAAAUCAGGAAUAAUAUGAAAAAAUAUAUAUCAAUUAUAUAGGUAAUUUUAACCUCAGCACGCUUUUAAAAUUAAGUAGUCACAACAUUUUUUAUGUCAUUUGGCUCACCACAAUGACAUUAACUUGUAAGUUCAUGUGGGCUGGAUUUUCUUUCUGUAUUACUUGAAAACCAAGGGAUAGGGUUAAUAAAUAACUCUGCUCAGUAACUCUUUCCUGUUGUAAAAAUAGGGCAAAUUUACAGUAAAUUGUCUUUCAAAUGGCUGUUUUUCAUCUGUUCGUCAGUCAAAAUGAAAAAUAAAAAUGAAACAUAACAUCAACUUCUUUAACAGCUCGGCAAUGCUGUUCAUCUGGAGCUAACGGCAAUACAUUGAUUUUGUUUGUAAUGACUCUACCUCAAACAAGACAUUCGGCUGUAACUGCCACCUGUUCGUACACAGCCUCCUCUCUUCAAAAACACCUUUAACCGUUCUGACUUUAUACAGGAACUUUUUUUAUACAGGUAGCAGCAGGAAAACUGUAGAUCUCCUCUGCACCCUCUCCUCUCCUCUCAUCUGGUCUGGUCUGAUAUGAGAUUUAGAACAAAGCCUAACAUCCAAAACAUUACUAAAGCACAAAAGGGUUUGAGAAACCACCUUUCUUCCUUUCUUGUGCUAUGAUGGAGCUGGUGGUUAAAUGAGUUGAAUUUGCUGUUUUAUUUGCUGUUUCUUUAGUAGAUGCUGACCCUUUUUGGUUUUUAUUUUUCUGUUUUUGACCCAAUGCUGACGUCUUUGAGCUUUGAUCAUUGUGUAUGCUGGAAAGUAGGAAACGUACCAGGAAACUGCUGUACCAAUAAAAAGGCCCUGUUACCAGAGAUCAGUGAAGUGUUUUCUCUUUUCCAAGCAUACAAUUUGUUUCUCAUUUUAAUUUGAAGUAUUGGAGCGUUGAGGAAAUAAAAUGAUGCAGCUUAUCUUUCUCAUCAGUGUUUUCAUGGUCUGCCACUUCCUGCUAUUCCAGUUUAUUACAUUUCCAACACAAGUCUUACUUUAUCCAGCCAACUUGAGUUGGGUUAGAAGAGUUAGUAAUGAUUAUUGGAGUUUUUCAUCUUUUGCAACUUUGCUGUGAUUUUACUCACCCCCUUUUCUUUUUUUUCUGUCUUGUUUUUGCUUGGUUGUGAGCCCUAAGAAUUUGAAUUGCUGAUAUGUUUUUUGGAUUGCUGUGUUUAAAAAGAUUUGAUUGUGAAAGGUUUGAUUUUUUUUUUUUUUUUUUUUGAGGUAAUUAAUGUGUUAUAUGUGACAUUUGUGGGAUACUUAUUUUUUGAAAAUGGUUGAAGUAUAAUGCAUAUUUUCCCCCUUUUUACUUUGAUGUUUAUUUAUCAUUAUAAUUAAUGCUUUACUAUUUAUGUGGACACACUUUUCUGUUGUGGAUGAUGGCAAUUCAUAAAACUUUUUUUUUCUUUCUGAAAAUUGAUUGAUUUGAUUAAAAAAAGCAUUUUUUUUUUUUUUUUUUUUGGUAAGUGUGUCAGUGUGAUUACCAUUUGGUGGAGAAAAUAUCGGGCCAUUUUACCCUGUCUGUUCACCUCUUUAUGGUCAAUUUAAACUAAAGUCACCAGCAAUUCAACUGGGACAAUGAAGUGGUGGUUUAUUCAUAGAAACAAAAUUAUGCCCAGCAUCAUCUAUUGAUGUUGUACUGAUGUUAGUGAAUUAAAUAUAAAUCAGUUAGCAGUCUGCCAUAUUGAGGCAAAUGCAAAAUACAGAAUCACUCAUCUUUUCUUUCUUUGCGUGAGCAUUUUUACAGGAGUCUUUCUGUAGCUGGAUUCUGUAAUGUCCGUGACUUUUAUUUCUGUACAGUAGUAUUUCCCUCUUCCAUUCCCUGUAAUUGAUUUUGAUAACUUUUGAUGUGCAAGACAAUAAACAGAUGAAUGAAUAUAUUA